CCCAACGUCGCGAAUCGCGAUCAAUUCCAGUAGAUAAAGUAUAAUAUACCUAUAGGUGUUAUAUUAUAAAUUAUAGUACUGUAAUGAUAUUUAUUAUAUUGAUAAAUAUAGUAGUAAAAACACAUCAUAUUGUAUAAAGUAUUCCUACGUUUACGUACGAUAAUAAUAGUAAUAUGAUACAUCAGUUAUUUUGUCGUGUUAGUAUCACUAGUAAUUAAUAUUCGUAAGUAUCGUCUUAACGUCAUCUUUACUUUCGCCGCGGCAAAGCAUCUCGUCGUCGUUUGCUGACUUUAAGUCUUCUAACAAUUUGUAUUAAUUGUAAUCUGCUACUCGCGCGCGCGCACACGCCCGAAACCUCACUAUGGACUGUCGUACGUGAUACCGGAAAAUUCGACAACAACGUUAGCGACAGUAUCCUCGUCCAUCUGGCAGCUACCGCUUACGGGUCCACGAACGUAUUGAUAAGGCGUUUCGCAGUUUUCGUUUUUUCGCUACCAUUCAUCGACGACCGUACCGCCCGUGCAAUCCACCACCGUCGAAAUGGACAAGAGGAAGUUGUCAACGUCUGGAGAUUCUCUUUAUGUUACACUAAGUUUGGCAAAAACAGCAGAAACGGAAGAAAUUAAGAAAACUUAUCGAAAACUUGCAUUAAAAUUCCAUCCAGAUAAGAAUACUGGUAACCCCGAAGCGGAAGAAAAGUUCAAAGAGAUCAAUAAGGCGUAUAGAAUAUUGACCGAUCCAAGCAAACGUAAUAUAUAUGACAAUUAUGGUUCCCUUGGAUUAUAUAUUGCGGAGCAAUUUGGCGAGGAGAAUGUCAAUGCUUAUUUCUUUGUAACCUCAAAAUGGUGCAAGGCUUUAAUUAUUGGAUCUUGUGUAAUUACUGGAUGUUGCUGUUGUUUCUGUUGUUGCUGUUGUUGCAAUUUCUGUUUUGGCAAGUUUAAGCCUAAUGUACCUGAAGAUCAACAAGCAAAUUAUACAAAUUUACAUAACGAUGGAGCGAACUCAAAUAUAGAUGGUAUACAUAAAAAGGAGGACAGCGAAGAUGAUGUUGUAGUGAAUCAGCCAUCUUCUACAAACAAUGCUACGGGAGGUGCAGCACACACAAAUGCGUUCGCCAUGCCACCACCGCCUUCAGCCAAUGAGACCACUGCACUGAAUCCAGAUGGUACUCCUACAAAGUACUCUGCAAGCAAAUAAUUAUCUUUUGAGUCAUUAAAGCCCGUCCCCUCAGACACAUUAUAAUACUCAAGUAUGACAGAGUAAUUGUCCUUAAAAUUAAGGAAUUAUUACUCUUAUCCAGUGGAGUUUUAUCACAGAGCAUUACAAUAAAUCAUUUUUUUCAUAUUCAUUAUUCACAUUUUAAAAAUUUCAAAAUAAUUUUAACAUUUUGAUUAGUUAUAUAAAAAUGUACCACCAAUACGUGUGUACAUACAAAUUUUUCUUGUGUGUUUUUCUCCUAUAGCUUUUACAUCUGUUUAAUUUUGCAUGGUUUUACUGUUUUAGUAAAUAUAAUAUUAUGAAAAUUUAUUUAAAAAUGUGCCAGUUUUUUUUUUUAAAUUCUUUUAUUUAGAACCACCCUUAUAAAAUAAUAUACCAGAUCAUUUAUAUGAUUUGAACAAUGUAGUAAUAUGUUUUAUUCAUUAAAAAUAAAAUAAAAUAAACUUACACUUAUCGACUGAGUUUCCAAUAUUAUUUAACUAUAUAUACAUACAUAUAAAUAAAUUAAAUUUUUUAUUAUUAUAUUUUGUGAACAUUAAUAUAAUGUUGAACAAUUUAUCCAAACAGUAAAAUUUGGUAAAUACUUUAAAUUAGUUCUAAUAUUUAUACACUAGAUAAUAGUCACAAAUACAUCAAGUCAUUCUAUAAUAUCUUAGAUUUUAUUUAUUAUUUAAUUAAGUAACAGUUUUUUGGCAUGUGAUUUAUUCUAUUUUAAUCUAGCUUAAUUUGUAUUAAGAAUUACCUAUAUUAAAUGUAUAAUUACAUUUUAAUCAUUAACAUUAUUCAUAGCUUAUAAUAAUACAAUAAUUAUUCAUUAAUCAUUUUAAUAUGAUACAAAAAUUAUCUAUUCAGUUUUACAUACUUUGUUUAUUAUUGUUAUUUGCUACUUGUUAAAAAAAAAAAACUGUGUUCGUGAACAAUUUGUUCUCAUUUUUUAUGUUAAUUAUUAUUUUUAUAAUUUUUUUUAAAGUAUUGUUUACUCAAUGAAAAUAAGUAGUGAUAGCCAAUAUAAAUUAUUCUAUUAAUUCUAUGUAAACAACAAAGUGAGAUAUAUUAGAGACAGAAUUAUCUUGUAUAUUUUUUUUUUAACCAUAGGUACACCGUUUUAAAAUAUAAUUAUUUCAUUUAUACAUUUAUCCUGUGACAUUAGUGUUAUUUCCUAGAGAUUUUUAAUUUUUUGUUUAUAAUAUUUAAGUUAUUUAAGAUUUUUGAAUCUCCUCCUGGAAUACAUAUUUUGUAAAUAUCAAAACCACCUUUAUUUAAUAUUUUUGAUUUUAUUGCCUUGCAGAAAUUAUUUGAAUUUUGUAUGUCCAGCAUUUUAAUAUUGGUGUAGAAAGUUUUAAGUUAAUAAUUUUUUUGUUUUGUACUAUAAUAUACCAUCAUCCACUACUAUUUCUAAACAAUAAUAACAAUAUUAUAUUCCUUACA